AUGCAACAAGACCCCGAAGACGCUCCGCCGAGUAAGCGCCGAAGACUCGAUGUUGUUGAUUCGCCCAAAGGGGAAGUGCUUGAGAACCAGCCCUGUUCUUCGACAGAAUUACACAAGGGUCUUGAUAGGCCGAUUAGUCCUCCGCCUUUGUCGAAUCGGGUAGGACAGAAGGUGGCUUUGGAAACGGCAGGGCCAUCCACACACUUCAUCUCGUCGCCAGUGCAGCUCACGCGGAUUGAAAAGCUACCGAGUGAGAAGAAUGUCGAUACAGUGGGCUUGGCGGAUUUGUUGGGAGACCCCAUGAUCAAGGAGUGUUGGAACUUUAACUACUUGUUCGACCUGGAUUUCGUCAUGCAACACUUUGAUAGGGACGUCAGGAAUAUGGUCAAAGUCAAGAUUGUGCAUGGCUUCUGGAAGGGAGAUGACAAAAACUGGAUCGCAUUACUAGAAACAGCAAAACGAUAUCCCAAUAUUGAGCUUAAAGCUGCAUAUGUCCCAGAUGCAUUCGGUACUCAUCACUCGAAAAUGCUCAUUCUCUUCCGACAUGAUGACACCGCUCAGGUCGUUAUCCAUACAGCCAAUAUGAUUUACCGUGACUGGGCAAAUAUGACACAAGCAGUCUGGGCGUCACCGUUGCUUCCAUUCUUGCAGCACAUACCAUCAGAGCAAUCAAAGUCCACAAAAAUCCACUCUAUUGGGAGCGGCGAACGAUUCAAAAUUGAUCUUCUUCGUUACCUGUAUGUAUAUGGAAUGCAAUUGAGGGCUUUAACCCUCCAGCUGAGAUCCUACGACUUCUCAGGCAUUCGGGCAGCGUUCCUUGGAAGCACACCAUCAACACAGAGACCUUCUGUAACCAGUUCUUCGAACACUGCUUUUGGUUGGUUAGGGCUAGACCAGAUACUUUCUAGUAUUCCAGUCAAGGCAUCAGAAGCUAGUUCCCGUCCUCACAUCGUCACUCAAAUCUCGUCAGUGGCGACACUGGGUGCGGCACCAACAUGGCUUUCUCAUUUCCAGUCCAUUCUUUCGCGCUGUUCGAGAAUUGAAGAUUCGGAAAAAGAAGAAGCAUCAUCAUCUUCAUUCACAAAAGCCUCUAAGAUCCUCGCCACGCAAGAUUCCAAUGCAGCAGAAGCACCAGAACCCAAGUUCAGCAUUGUAUUCCCAACUCCAGCCGAGAUCCGCAUGUCCCUGGAUGGCUACGCUUCUGGCGGGUCCAUCCACUGGAAAUUCCAAUCCAACCAGCAGCAAAAACAACUCGAGUACAUGCACCCACUACUCUGUCACUGGACCCCCAUGUCCCGCCCCUAUCCGUCCCAACAAGAAGCACACCGUGGUACAGCAGCACCACAUAUCAAAACGUACAUUCGCUUCAGCGACGAAACCCACAAGACAAUCGACUGGGCUCUACUCACCAGCGCCAACCUAAGCAAGCAAGCAUGGGGCGAAGUGGUUAAUAAACACGAAGCAAUCCGAAUCCAGUCCUAUGAAACAGGUGUCGUAGUGUGGCCUGCUCUAUUUGCAGAAUCCGGGCACUCAUCGACAAUGGUCCCCGUGUUCGGGACUGAUACCCCAGAGGCGGGCAAAUACGGCGAGGAAAAUAAGGGGACGGUGGUUGGAUUCCGCAUGCCGUACAAUCUACCACUCGUACCGUACUCGGCUAAUGAGCGACCUUGGUGUGCGACACUGCCGUAUGAGGAGCCAGAUCGGUAUGGAUAUUCUUGGCCUGGUUGGUUUCGUUGA